AUGAAAAUUUUAAUUUGGCCCUUGUGUUUAUGCAUACUGCUUCGGCCGGUGCUGUGCGGGGAUCCUAUUGGACCUCUCGUGAACUUGAUCCGCACUAAUUUGGUGGGAUAUCCAGUGAUUCAUGAUAAAACGCAGUGGAUAUUUGAUCCUGAUGUCGCAUUGAGAAGAAGAAAGCAGUUUGUAGAAUUACAUGGUGAUAAAGCUGAACGAUUAAUCGAGAGACUCGGCUUGGGGAUCGACGGGAGAGCUGAUGAACGACUAAUUAAACAAAGGCAAAGAGACGAAGGACAUUUGGGCGGUCUCAAUUAUUUCUUACCCUAG